AAAGAGCUAAACACUCCACCUACUCAGGUUGCCCGGCGAGCGCGCCAAGCUCUGACCCCACGGGCGUGGUGUACCAGUGGGGCGGCCAGGUACCACCGGGAAGUCUCUCUGGCGCGGUCCGGCGGGAGUGCCUCCCACUCGCGUGGGAGUCCCUGCCCUGGGUCGGUGUUUUCCUAUAUGUUUCGACCAAUCACCGGUGCCUUUUCCUCCUUUCUUUUUAGGAAGGCGCCGGGUGUGCAACGCUAACCGCUGCGCGGGGAGGGGGGGUCCUCUGGCGCUGUCUGCUUGUGGGUCUUCACUGACUCCUUCUCCGUCUCAACUUUGCGUUCAAGUCGUGAUCUGAGGUUUGGGUGCUUGGUCGGGACCCCGCCCCGGCUCUCUCGGGGAGGGCGUGAGGAGUUCUGAGGUGGGUGGAGAAUGGGCUUGGCCGGAACUGAAUCGGUUGAGGUAAAAGGGGAACGCAGGAGCUUUAGCGCUGGCCACUUCGCCCCAGAGAAGCCGCUGUAUUUUUAGCACAGGGAAGGCUGCAGUGGGAGGAUUCUUUUUAGGAAGUCUGCUCUGCUGCCCCGAUUCGGGGCUUGGAUGCUUGAAAGCUUUGUUUCCCUUGUUCUGAGGGUGGCCCAGCUGGGUCUGAAUCGACUCCCUCCCUUUUUCGUUUCCCCCAUCCUUUCCCAGCCCGGAGAAAACAGAGAGGUGGGGGACCAAGGAAGAGGAGGCUAAAGCGCGUUGCCAGGCGCGCUGUCAGACAUGGGCGGGUGCGAGGGUAACAGCUGUCUUGAGAUCAGCUCAGGAGUAAGAGUCUCCGGGAGGACUGCAUGAGCUUCGGACACUUAAGGAGUCCUCAGCUAGAGACAAGGGAGAUAUGGAUCACCUCAUGAACAGCUUGGAGGUCCAACUUAAUUCAGAAAGGGGUUCAAUGCAGGCAUUCAAACAGGUCACUGGCCCUUUUCAGAUUAGAAAUCCCCCUGUGAUAGCAAACAGAAGUAAUAUGACUUCUUCCCCACUCCUGGAUGCCAGCCCAAUGGAGCACCCAGCCCUGUUCAAUGAUAUCAAGAUCGAGCCUCCAGAAGAGCUCCUGGCUAGUGAUUUCAACCUGCCCCAGGUGGAACCAGUUGACCUCUCCUUUCACAAGCCGAAGGCUCCUCUCCAGCCUGCUAGCAUGCUGCAAGCUCCAAUACGGCCUCCCAAGCCACCGGCUGCAGCCCAGGCCAUGGCGGUGCCCACUUCAUCUGACACAGGCACUUCAGCGGCCAUUCCUACGGUUCUCACUCCAGGCUCUAUCCUGGCGUCCUCCCAGGGGACGGCGGGCCAGCCGAUUUUACAUGUGAUUCAUACCAUCCCCUCAGUCAGUUUGCCAAACAAGAUGGGUGGACUAAAGACAAUCCCGCUGGUGGUGCAGUCUUUGCCUAUGGUCUAUACCAGUCUGCCUGCAGACGGGAGUCCUGCAGCUAUUACUGUCCCACUCAUUGGAGGGGACGGCAAAAAUGCUGGGUCAGUCAAAGUUGACCCCACCUCCAUGUCUCCACUGGAGUUUCCAAGCGAUAGUGAUGAGAGUGCAAUUGAGAGUGGAUCUUCAGCCUUACAGAGUCUGCAGGGAUUGCAGCAAGAACCAGCAAUGGCGGCCCAAAUGCAGGGAGAAGACUCUCUUGACUUAAAGAGAAGACGGAUUCACCAGUGUGACUUUGCCGGAUGCAGCAAAGUGUACACCAAAAGCUCUCACCUGAAAGCUCACCGCAGAAUCCAUACAGGAGAGAAGCCUUACAAAUGCACCUGGGACGGCUGCUCCUGGAAGUUUGCUCGCUCGGAUGAGCUCACUCGCCAUUUCCGUAAGCACACGGGCAUCAAGCCAUUCAGGUGCACAGACUGCAACCGCAGUUUUUCUCGAUCUGACCACUUGUCCCUACACCGCCGGCGUCAUGACACCAUGUGAAUAUCCCAGGCCACAACAGACGUGCUGUACUGGUCUCCUGAGUGUGUGCUGAGGUUGAGACUCUGUUUGCCUCUUUGACUACAACUUGCCCCUGUGAUUGGGGUUAGAACAGCCUACUGAGCCAGGUUGAUGAGACUGGAGACCAGUUAGCUGGUCUCCAUCAGGCUCUUCAUAUUCCACUUUCACCUCUCCACUGUCCAGACUUCAGUUUUGUCAACCUCUUCCUGGGUUGAAUUCUAGUGCGGCGCCCAUGGUUGCCCUCCCUGAUCCCUCAUGCUAUGUUAUAGACAUUUUUCCUACAAUAACAAACAAAACAGGAAUCAAACUCAAGGCUGUGAACAAACAUCCGCUGCUCCCCCUUUUCUCUUGUUUUAUAAAACCUUUAUCCAUAUAUAUAUAUAUAUAUAUAUAUAUAUAUAUAUAUAUAUAUAUAAUGAAUAAAAUAUAUAUAUAUAUAUAUAUAUAUAUAUAUAUAUAUACUGUAACCAGUACUUAAAGUCACUUAGUGAUGUCCUAAAAUGAGGUUUUUUUUUUCAAAGUCAUAGGUACAAGGGGCAUAACGGUGUUGAUUGGUCAGAUUUACAGAGAAUUGAGUCUGAAAUACAGAGUCUCAUUCUAACCCCAAAGGUUUUGUAGAUCCAGUUUUACUUGUUCUUACCAGUUUGGUUUACAGACAAUACCAGCCCUCCUUUUUGAAGUCCAUCAAAGAAAUGAAGGGAUUUUUUUGACCUCCUAUUCCUCCUCAUGCUCCUUUAUAAUUAAAGGUCUUAUGGCACAAUUACAUUCUUUUUAGAUUAAGUUUGGACAAAUAUUCAAAGCACAGAAAGACAGAUCAAUAGGGAGAAGUAUCCUAGGAAAGUGUGUUGGGCUGUGACAGGAAAAGGCAGACCUGGGAGGACCCUGUGAGCAAUUAUUUGGAUAAGGUGUUAGCACUGCUGUUAAUCCCAAACCUCAUGCAAAGGGCAGCCUUUUGCAAAGGCUCUGUCGCUGGGCUCCACUGCACUGUUGAUUCUUUUGUUUACAUGAAGCAACCGUUCGUCUGAUUCCCUGAGAGAAAUUGCACACUGAGCAUGUUAUACAGAGGUGAGGGGUUGCACUAAAUGAAUUUUGUUUACUUCGUGCCAUUUUUUUUGGCUCUCCUUCUGUUUUUAGUGAGAUAGAAAAGAUUGUUUUUCCGACACUGGCAUAUGAACUGCUAUCAAUCCCCAAGCCAUUUUAUUUUAGGCGUAACAGCAGGAUGCAUAGUAUACAUUUGAUUGCCCAAUCAGACUGUUCCUAAUAUUCUCUGGGGCAGAAAACCCUCUGUUCCUGGCCCUGGACCUCAGAUCUACCUCCAUGUGGCAUAUCCCAUCUCCUGAGAAACAGGGGAGGGGCUCUGUGUCAAUAGAAUUGGACGCAGCCUCUUGCCUAAAGGUUGUCUUCAUACUAAACCUUUUUUCUUGGCAGAUAUUCGAAAGUUCUAGCGUGAAUACUUUAGGUUACUACCUCCUGUGGCUGUCCUUUCUAGCUAAAUCCUAGAACUCUACCAUCUAGAAGGGGUCCUGUCUACUUCUAUCCAGAUGAGGCAAAUACGGGUUCGAUUCUUUCUCCAGAUAGUUCCUUGAGGCCUUACAGACCUAUACACUCCUCCCAGGGAUCACACUAGUAAACCAAAUUAAAGAAAAAAUUAUGUGAUUGGUUGCAAUAUUUGUCCAAUUUUAUAUGUUAUCCUCAAAAUUUAUCUAUAGUUGAGGAGAAAGUAAGUAGAAUGUGCUUAUGGCCAUUGCCAGUUAACGCCAUGCACACAGUGGUUCUAGUCUCAUAUUUUGAUAGUUCUGGUUUUUUUUUAAUUUACCUUGUUGUUUCCAGACCAUAAAUUCUCCAUAAGUUAAGUCCUACUUGUGCUUUUCAAGAUGACAUGUAGGUUUUCCUAUUAUCAUUAUCUUCAUAUAGGAUUUUUCCUGACUUGGGGUAUGCAAGUUCCAAGCUGUAUGUAUACUAAUUACUAAAGCACUAAUAAAUAUCUAGGGUCAGUCUAUUAAUGGGGACCACAUUGUAUGACAGAUUGAUAAAUGUAUAUUACUACCAUGCAUGGGCUUAAGCUUAUAAUUGAGUAGUUGGUACAAUAUUAUAGAACUGAGUCCAAAGGGUUACCUACCCUUUUCCCACUUUAGAUCCUAAGGUUUGUUUUCCAGAGUUCAGAAUUGACAUGUGCCCCUUAGACUUCAGGAUAUUGAGACAUAUAGUUAAAAUAUUAACAUUGAGACAUAUAUUUACAAAUGAGCACUAUCAAAUUAUAGUACUCAUAAGGGUGAUCAAAUUAGGAUCCUAAAUGUUGAUGUUCCUAGCAUCUCUGAGCCUUUAUUCAAAUAUAUUUCUGCAGAGUGAUAAUAGACCGUGCAAAUGCUUGGUUUGUUGUCUUUAGGCAAGAAACAAUUUGAACCCUAUUCUUGUUGCCCUUUUUUUUCCCCAAAAAUGGUAAAAUCUUUCUAGUUACAAACAUAUUCUUUAGAAAUGUGUCAUAAUUAAGAAAUUUUCAGAGUAAAGAGAUUCAAACACAGUACAGUGUAGAGUUACUGCACCAAUAGCACAUACAAGUUUGCUAGAUGGUGGAGCAGAAAGAAAAUGAAAUGUAUCUAUCUCUCUUGGUUAAUAUCUGAGCUUCAACUAAGUUUAAUGGGCUUACAACAGCAAAGCACUGUUAGUAUGACAUUUGCCUAGGGUAUGGAAAUCUCAAUGGGAUGAUAAUAUUCAGAAAUUUAUUACAGUGGAAUUCCUCCUGUAGACAUUUUGGCAGCUGAACAUAACUAUUGAUAAUUGCCAUUGUAAAAUAUAGAAAAUAUAAAUUGGAUUGAUGGAUUAGUGGGGUUCCUUAUGUGCAGAAUACAAAUGUUUGUAAAAAGAAUUUCUUUUUAAAUAAAUUUUCCAUGUUGGAACUCUUAGGUUUUCAGAAAAAAUGUGAAGGUAGAACAGAGAUCCUGUUUACUGCACAUCUUACAUUAGUAUGGUACACUUGUUACACUUAGUGGAACAAUAAUGAUACGUUAAUGUUAACUACAGUCAGUGCUAUGUUCAGACGACCUUCGUUUUCAUCUGCUGUCCUUUUUCUGUUUUAGUAUCUCCUUCAGAAUACUGCAUUGUAUUAAUCGUCACAACUCCUUUGGUUGUGAUGUCCUUGCUCUCAAGGACCUUGGGAGCAUGUUCUUCAGUUGGGAUUUAUUUGAUACUUUUCUCAUGAAAAGACUAGAUUAGUGGAUUUGGGCCUGAACAAGCACACAAGUGAGUUACUAUUUUCAUAACAUCGUAUUUCUGUAGCUUAUCAUUCUUCAUGUUGUCUUCAGUCACAUGGCUGGGAUAGUAUAUAUGAGAUUUUUCACAUAGACCCCUUUUCCUAUCAUGCUACACUGUUUGGAAGGAAGUUAUAUGUGCAGCCCACACAUGUGGAAAUGGUGAGUUCUGAACCAUGUCCUUGAGAGCAAUGCAUAAAUUCUUUGGAAUUCUUCUGCAUGGGAGCUUUACUUCCUCUCCAUUUAUUUAUUUUCAUAAUUAUUUAUGCCAACAUGGACUCAUUGAUAUUUAUUUUAUAGUUUAUCUUAUAAUCCAAUGCUACUUGUAUUUUGUUGCCCAAACUGUAGCUUUGGCUGUUAGGAGCUCAAUUAGUCCCUAAAUCUUUUUUACCUACCCCAUCAUUUGUUUUUCAGCAUGUGCUUGAGUUUUAGUGUUGUAAGAUGUUCCAGGUUCAUCUUGCUUUUGUUUUGUAGAGGGCACUUUCAUAAUCAGGCAUUUCUUCAAUGAGUUCUAAUUCCUUCUACUGAAGAAUUGUAUCAGAAACCAAGGUCUGUGCUCUAUGUGUGUUUGCUACUUUGGGGAUAUUAUUUCUUCAAGGCUUCUCAGCCAAUAGAACAAAGAAAUAUAUGCAUAUAUCUUACACUAUAUAUAUGCGCAUGUCUAUAAACAUUUCCAUAUGUGAUCUUCUUUAUUAUCUGCAUAUGAAUUCAUACCAUUGUCUACAAUCCUUAGUUAUCUGUAUAGCCUUCCAUGCUAACAGUGAGAACCAUAGCUCCACCUUCUGUGAUUUAUUAAUUGUUGAAGUCCAGUUUAUAUACAUAUGAACAGAGUCUUAAGUAUUAUCCCAUAAACCCAUGAAAAAUCAACCAAAUAGAACCCGGUGCUUAUGUACAUGGUAGUAACAUUUUUAGAACUUCAACAAUUCCUUGAACCAGAAUGGUCUACAAAAUUCUUGAACUAAAGGUAUCUGUAUUCUCAAUUCUAUUCUAGCCCCUAAAAGCUUUCUCAUACAUGAAGCAAAAACCAUUGGUGAUUGAUCUAACCUUGAAUAAGUCAAGGAAGCUUGUUGAUCCUCCAUUUUUUGUGAGUGGGAAAGCAACCGCAUGGGCCCAGUUUAAAGAAACACUUAGCACUGUCUUUUUCUCUACUAAAUAUGGAUCUCUAACAACUGGGUGGUCCCCUGAUUUGCCUCUCUUCUGUAUUUUCCCAAGUUUUUAGGCAAGUCACAUCACCUCUCUGUGCCUCUAUUAACCCAUCUAAAAAUGGGGAUCCACAUAUCUACCUCACAGGAGUGUUGUGAGGCUUCUUAUUAAUAGAUGUUUAAAAAAUGAUGCGUGAUCUCUAAAUGAGCAAGAAAAUAUUAUAAUCAUUACUAUGAUGCUAAUUAGAGUACCCUAUAUUUAUCCUAUGGAAAGGAGAAUAGCCCUCAUCAGUAAACAGAGAAAUUUAAGUCAAUAAGAAAGAUCAGUGAAAAGUGGCCGCUGGAAGCAAUAUUGUUUGUUCUGUUACUUUCCUUACAUCCUGUAACUAUGGGAUUGUCAACUGUUUCCAGAUUUGAAGCAUAUUAGGACCUAAAAUAAUAAGAGGCAAAAUACAGAGUUUUGAAAUUAUAUUUUUCUCCCUUUCUUACUCUGGUUGGACUGCAUUACAUAUAACUUUGUCAGAAGCACAAAGACAAUUUCUCAAAGCUUUUCAGUCUUUGGUCAGUUCUGUUUCAUCAGUUCAGAUUUCUCUUUCUGCGUGUACUGUACAUUGAACAGUAAAGGUAGGAGGGGAGUGGGGUGGGACGGUUGGGUUGGGAGUGGACGGAAGAGAAUGGAAAUUAUGUAGGUGGUUUUCAAACACUGGGGAAUACUUUCCAUUUCUUUUUUCUGGUGGUGGGUUGGGGACAAGGGAAGAGAUAACUAUUUUGUUAACAAAUUCUCCUUCCCUUUCAGUAGAUGUUUCCUAGGGUCAGUACAAAUAGCCGUGUUGGAUGUUACUUUUAUAACUAUGUUGUAUACAGUGCUGUUUUCAUUGUAUUCCUGAAUCAAAAGGGAAGACAGUCCCUAGUGAUGUUCAACCCUGGUUUUGACAGGAGGUCACAGCAGGAGAGCAGUACCAGAAACUGACUUUUGUGGUGGGGAAAGGAGCCUGCAGUGAAAGGAUUUAUUGGAGUUUUGUCAUUAUUUAAAGAAAUUAUAAAACAGUAUAUUAUGCAUUAGUCUCUAUAACUCUUCUGUUUGUGCCUCCUUAUCUUAGUGCUUUAGAGCAGCACCUAUUUUCACUCCAUUUUAUACUUGUUCCUGUUCAGAGGUAUGAUAUUGAGCACUCUCUCAUAUCCAAGUCUGUUGUGUACCUGAAGAUUCUCGAGAAUUGUCUCAGUAAGCAUGGCCACCCAGAGGUUACUCUAUUGUAGCUCAGUGGGCACCUCCUACUGCAGCUUCCAGGCAGGGUGUGUGCUUGAAUACUAAGCAAUCUUGUUCUGUCUGAUUACUGUACUUUUUUAAUAAUAAAAAUAUUUUAAACCAGAAA